AUGGUGAACCUCCGUCCAGUGUCGCAGGCCCUGCACGAGAAGGCCAAGCGCGAGCUCAACGAACGACCGGAGCGUAUCGAUGAAGAUCUGGCAGCCCUCCGGCAAUGGCUGGCCCGAACACCGCACAUCCGGGCCCGCAUCGAUGACCAGUUUCUAGUGACCUUCCUGCGUGGCUGCAAGUAUAGCCUCGAGCGGGCGAAGGAAAAGAUCGACAUGUUCUACAGCGUGCGGACGGCCAUCCCGGAGCUGAUGCGUAACCGGGACCCGGAAGCGGCGCGCAUCCGAGCGAUCAUACAACUCGGCGUGGGUCUACCGUUGCCGCAGACCGACGGCCCCGACGCACCCCGGAUCAUGCUCAUCCGACCGGGCGUGUACGAUCCGAAGCAGUACAACAUCGAGGAGGUCAUCAAAGUGAGCACCAUGUUCAACGACAUCAUGAUGCUGGAGGACGACCAUAUGGUCAUCGCCGGUCAGGUAGGCAUUCUGGAUCUUGCGAACGUGUCCACAGCCCACUUCCUACAGUUUACUCCCACGUUCGUCAAAAAGAUGACCAUGAUGAGCCAGGAGGGAUCGCCACUGCGCCAGAAAGGCUUCCACUACGUCAACACACCGACCGGCUUUGAGACCGUGUUCAAUAUGUUCAAGACAUUCAUGAGCGAGAAAAAUCGAUCGAGGUUAUACGUUCACGGGAGUAACCUGGAAUCCCUGUAUCAGCACAUUCCCAAGCGACUGCUCCCGAAGGAGUACGGUGGCGAGGGUGACUCACUGAAGGACAUAACCGCCGCGUGGGAGAAGAAGAUCCUCUCCUACCGGGAGUACUUCAUCGAGGAGGACCAGUACGGGACGGACGAGCGGAAGCGAGUGGGACGGGCGAAGACGGCGGAGUCGCUGUUCGGGAUGGAGGGUUCUUUCCGGAAGCUGGAGGUCGACUAAUAUCCGCUCUCGGAGGGUGAAUACACUUGGUUUCGAUGGGCAAAAAGGCUGAGGUUCGAUCGAAAUGAAUCAAAGGUCGAGGAAGAUGACUGGUUCAUUAUGACAGCGGGUGCAUUCUUAUAUUUAUACUAAGCCUUGCAGCUUGAUCUUGAGUGGUAUUAUUCGAGUAGCAGUUAACCUCUGGGGCUCUAAUAGGACGACACCGAACUGGUGGACAAUUCAAGCAAUAUAAUUUUUUGAGAAUUAAUAUUUGAUACGAGGAAGAGAAAUAGAAAACAAAUAUGACUGUCGAAAAGAGUUCAGCCUUAAAAAAGCUUCAGUGUAUAUAACCACUU